GCACCAUCCCUGUGUUUAGAUCCCAGAGUCAACCAUACCCGUAAUUGCACCUAAUACCGCCAGGGGGCGCCCGAGACCAACACACGCUGCUCACACAUGCGCACAGCGUUUCGCGCGAGCGCAACGUUUUGGAGCGCGCUGAGGCCGGCGCGUGCGCACUCCUUCCACCUGCCGCUGGAGCCGAUACCCUCCGCUGCUGUGCAGGCACUCGGUGCUGACCUGACGGACCCACCGGUCGGAGAUGUCCGAGCUGCCGGGAGACAGCGGGAUCCCGGACAUGAGCACCUUGAAUGGCGUUAGCGACGCCCUGCCGCCGGGAGGCGGCGGCGGGAGGCGGGUCCCCGAGGCCCAGCAAGGCCCGCCGGCUGGCGCCGCCCGAGCCAUGGCGCGGGCCCCAGGGCUGGCUCCCAGGCUGGUCCCGGGCGGCGUCGCGGGGCUGAUGGCGGUGCCGCACAUGCACUGCCCGCUCCGCUUCCUAGAGCUGCAAGAGCAGCGGAUGUUCCACCACUACCUGCACAGCACCCCCCUGAUCCCCGUCAGGCUGCUCCGCGACAUCGAGGAGCGCCGCCGGCUCUUCGUGGAAGGCUGCAGGGCCCGCGAGGCGGCCUUCGACGCCGACCCCCCGCAGAUGGACUCCCACGCCCGCGCCUUCACCCUGGCCCUGACCGCCCCCGACGCUCGCGGGCCUGAGUGAAUCAGGGACAAGCCCCGCGCACCUGGCAUCCCAACAUCCCAGGGGGCAGCUGGGAGGAUCAGGAGUUCAAGGUCAUCCUCGACUAUAGAGCGAGUUCCAGGCCAGCCUGGGCUACAUGAGACUCCGUAUUUUACAAAUAAAAAUAAAAUUUUAAAAGAUCGGGUGGCCAGGAAAGGCAGGUGACUCUUAGGAUCAAAGGCCAAGACUGGGCAAUUGUCAUUAGGCGGGAAACAAGAAGCCAGAAUACAGCCAUGCACCCGGAGGGAGGAGGCACACCCAGAGAGAGAAAUGGACACUUCAAGACUUGAAGCUGGCAGGCAAAGAAUACUCUUCCAACUUCCACUUUGUGGCCCUUAGCGAUCUUUUUUUUUCUCCCCCUUAAUUUAUGGAAGCUCCUUCAUCAUGAAGGAUGGCUUUGCAAAGCUCAAGGCUAAUGAAACCUGCAAAUGAAUAAACCCAUAAAAAUUAACCAAGAUGGGGAAAGAAGAGACACAGUUGUUCCACACAGUUGUGCCUCAGUUUUAAUAGAAUUGGGGACUGUUUAGAGGACUUGAAAUAUCACAAUUUGGGGUUAUCUCAUUGUCAGCGGACAGCUUUGUGUGUUUGUGUUUGAUGGUCUGCAGAUGUAAAUAUUCGGUUAGGAAAAAAAUCGUGUAUAUGUUGUGAGAUGAAUAUAUUUUCAAGGCCAUGUGCAAUUGCAUCCAUAUGGGAAUAGUUUUGUUUUAGUUAAUAUUUAAACUUUCUAUUUUAUGCUAGAUUAUAUGUGUAGUCAUAAGACUCAAGACUAUCAAAAGAGAUGGUAGAAAAAGUUAAGCUCUUUUCUGUCUGCUAAAUUGGAAACUAACCAAGUAUCAUCUUUAAUGAUUUGGGUUGGGGUGGGUUUUGUUUUCUGUAUGCUUUUUAAAACAGCUUUCCAAUGCAUAUACAAGUUGACACCAAUCUAGAUCCCCCCCUUACUGAAGAUGGAACCCAGAGCCUUGCACUUUCCAGCACUUUUCUCUCUUUCUAAAUAAAGGUGGGGCUGGGGAGGUGGCUUUGUGGGUAACAGUGCUUGCUGCCAAGUCUGAUAACCUGAGUUCAGUCCCCAGGACCUACAUGGUGGAAAGAGAAAACCCACUCCCCUGUAUUCUGACCUCCACUUUGCUUGCCCUCCCCCCACAAAUGUGGAAAAAAUUAAAGUAAUAUAUACCUCUA